UGCUUUUCUUGCACGACGCAGCCCGGCUCUGCUCACUCUCCUUUCCCCCCCCCCCGCUCUCUGUUCUGUCUGACAAAGUGUCCGUGGUGCAGCUGAGCUCUCUGCUCUCCUUCCACGGCAAGGGAGCGCGGCUGGGGCGUGGGGAUGCACACACAUCCCCCUUUGCAACUUAACCUUGGGAAAGGAGAACCGGUGCAAACCCUAGCUGCACAUCCACCAUUGUCUGAGCUGCUGUUCCUGCCACAGAAAGCAAAUCAGCCAGCUGGUAACGCUUUCCUAUAACUGUAAUUGAGUCCCGCAGAACCGCUGACGCGCUGAACAAGGGAUCUGUGCAGCCUUUAUUUUUCGCAACAAGAAAAGCAAAUGCCAGCUCAAUACGAAACUCAAAGCCCGUGGCACUGGAAUAAAUUAGAUAUAGAGCUGAAUGGCAUUUGGGAAAGGAGAAAAAAAAAAAAGGAGCCUGGAACUAUUAGAGAGAGACCGAGAGGAGCAGCGCCGCGCACACCCCCCCCUUCUCCUUUCUCUUUCUCCCUCGGUCUCAGCUGAAAACUGAUUACAGGUUGCUUAUCGACUCCAGCACAAUUUCACCCCUUCCAGCAUAGAUCUUGGAGGGUUUUAUAUCGCAUCAAUUAUUUAUCAUAUUUUAUAAAUCCAGCAGCACUACAAUUUUUUGCCCCCGAGGAGGGAGCGGGCGGCGAUUGGCGCCGCCGGAGCCACGUGCCCGCGCGUCACAUGGGCCGGGAGGAAAAAGGGCUCCUUUUUGGUGUAAAUCUGGACUCUAAUUCCGUAAUAUAUCACGGUACCUCGUAAAACCGACACUAAAACGUCCCGACCUACAAAUCACCCGGCCAAAUUAUGAGUUCAUUGUAUUAUGCGAAUGCUUUAUUUUCUAAAUAUCAAGCCGCAAGUUCGGUUUUCCCAUCCGGAGUCUUUCCCGAGCAAACUUCUUGCGCUUUCGCCUCCAACACCCAGCGAGCGGGUUAUGGGGCCGGCUCCACGCCUCCCUUCGCCUCCUCCAUGCCCGGGCUGUACUCCAGCGGCAGCGCCGUGCACCCCCAGCCCCCCGGCAUGUACUCCUCGGGGUACGGCCUGGAGCCCGGCUCCUUCAACAUGCACUGUUCCCCCUUUGAGCAAAACCUUUCCAUGAUGUGCCCGGGAGAUGCCUCCAAGCAGAACUGCAACAAAACGGACCAGAGGGACUCAGAUUUGCAAAGCGACAGUAACUUCCGCAUCUACCCCUGGAUGAGGAGCACAGGCACUGACAGAAAACGCGGCCGGCAGACCUACACCAGGUACCAGACCCUGGAGCUGGAGAAGGAGUUCCACUACAACCGCUACCUGACGAGGAGGAGACGCAUCGAGAUCGCCCAUGCCCUGUGUCUCACGGAGAGACAGAUCAAAAUCUGGUUCCAGAACAGGCGCAUGAAGUGGAAAAAAGAAAAUAAAACUGCCUGCUCCGGCUCCAGCAGCCAGGAAAAGGCAGACGUGGAGGACGACGAAGAGGAAUGA